AUGACUGCCGUCCUCGUGGCUACAUGCACUACUACGACGGGACUCGAGCAUCAUCUUGGAAAUAUCAGCUGCAGGCCCGGCGGCGCACCGAUACAGACUAGAGGAGUCAUAGGGGACCAGGAAAAGCUGUUGCUAAGGAUACGCGCGGAUACACAACAGGCUCAGCAGGAUUUAUUGACUGGAUCUCCAGGAUUGGCUAUGUCACAGACGCGCGGGAGGGGGAAGACAUCCGUUACCGCUAAACUUCCCUCCUCGGCGGCCAAAGAAAAUGUAGUGGGGAGGAACGGAAUAUCUGGGCUGGCUGCGAAGAGGAAAGCGAUUGAUUAUGAUGAGGAUGUCGAGGGUUUUCAGUUCACGCGUGCUGGAAACGUCAAAAAACCGAAGCAGACAAACGGGGUUCUAUUGAAUGGGGUAUCAGACGGCAGCUCAACUCCCGAACUGAGCAGUGCUGCCUCUGGACUUCGACAACAGAACAAAAAGCCUGUAACAUCGCGAAAACCGAACGAUAUUAUUGAACCGUCGUCGGAACCCAUUGAUAAUAGAAUUAUGAAACCCAAUUCAAAACGACCGGUCCAAGAGAGUAUUGAGCCAAUGAACCAGAAACAAUCAAAUCCGCUGAAGAAAAUACAGACACCAGAUCCAGGACCUAUACAUGUGGCCAAGAAACGAAAACCCGGCAGCAGCAAAGAUUCGGCGCUUAAAUUACCUCAAACAGAUAACGAGGAAGCGAUCCGGAGUAUGCCGGAAGGAAUACGAAAUGCUAGUACCAAAAUCGCACUGCCAUUCGCGGACACCCCCGUCAUCCAGAGAAAUAAGGAUAUGAGGAAAGAAAAAAGCCGCAAAGGCCAAAGGAGAAGCAGCCUUAGUCUUCGUGGUCGUAGAGCAAGCUCCUUGAUAGACAGCGGAGUAUCAAAUGCCUUACCACACGAUAAGGUUGACACUGCGCAUUUCUAUAAACAUAUAGCUAGCGAGGGACUUCCUGAGCCGCGGCGAAUGAGACAAUUACUCACUUGGUGUGCCACCAGGGCACUUGGUGAGAAGCCGACGGGGUCACGGUCAGAGGACGAAAGCGCCAGGUUGGCUGCCCGCGUUAUUCAAGAAGAGUUACUAAAAGAUUUUGGAGACAGGUCAGACUUGACGGAUUGGUUCAGUCGGCCAGAAACAACCACUCCAGCGGUUGUCAUCAAAAAACCGAAUCCAAAAAAUAUACAAAACGCCGACAAGAUAAAGGAGCUAGAAGAACAUAUUCGGCGUCUCCAGGCAGAGCGUCAGUCUCUUGCAGCUCUUAUACGGCCACCAUCGGUACCAAUCAUUAGCACUAAAUCGGAUAUCCUCAGACACCCUACAUCCAAGCCGGACGAUAUACCUGAGCUUUUGCGGCGUAACCCGUUAGCCAUCAACCAAUCUCUUCUUGAUCCAACUCAAGCGUCAAUUUUAAACAUUCUUGGUCAUUCAGAAUCACGGCCCAAAGAAGCCUCCUCGAAAACCACAAAUUCCAGCUCUGAAAUCGAUACCUCCAUAUUAUCAAUAUCAGAGCGCCUAACACGGCUUUCCGCUUCCCUAACACCAACUCUUGACUCUUUUGCAACUGGUAUCCACAAUAUUGAGAUGUUCCGGCAAUCCGCAGACAGCCUCAGCAGCCACAUAUUACGUAUAUGUGCUCAAAGGCUGGAGGAGCGAGAUGCACUGCAAGGCAAAAAUGCUGGUUUGUCGACGUUGUCUGGAGGAAAAGAGGACGGUAAGAGCAGUCUCCAAGGGACAGUAACCGGCGGAAGGGAAGAUUUAAGCGAUAUUUUAAGAGCUCUAAGCAGGCUUGAGAGAAGAUGA